AUGACCCUCACCCUCGAAGGUCCAGGUCUCACUCUGGCCCUUGUAUCAAUCAUUCUCCUCGUUCUAUCAUGGGUAACCGUUGUUGGGCGUUUGAUUGUGCGACGAACAAUCAAUGCAGUUGGAACAGAUGACUGGUUUAUGGUUGCCGGGCUGAUACUGUACACCCUCGCAUGUCAGGCAACCACAUCCGCUGCAUACAAUGGUGUUGGGGCACGCGCUGAACGACUAAAUGAGUUCUAUGACAGACAAGGACGCAAGUGGUUUAUGUUCUUCCAGCUGUUCUAUGUCGCCAGCACCGUGCCCAUAAAAUGUUCUAUUUGCGUUGCCUUACUCCGCAUUACGACCGCCAAGAGAUAUAUCUGGUCUCUCUACGCUAUAAUGUUCCUCAGCUGUAUCGCUGCCCUUACCACCGACAUUGCCGUGCUAGCUUGGUGCAAGCCUAUCUCGGCCACUUGGGAUAAGCGAACAGGUAGCUGUGCCGAUGCCAGCAUCAUCACAAACGUCUCCUACUUCAUCUCCACCAUCUCGAUUAUAACCGACUUCUCCUGCGCCAUUCUUCCAGUCUUCAUUCUGUCGAGUGUCCAACUCCACCUCCGCAUAAAAGCUUCGGUUGCCAUCAUCCUCGCACUCGGCGUCGUCGCCAGCACAGCCACGCUCGUACGCCUCCGCUACCUUUUCAGCUACAACAACCCGACAGACUACCUCUACAACAUCGCCAACAUCGCCAUCUGGUCCAUCGUCGAGUCCGGCAUAGGCUUGAUCGCCGGCUCACUGCCUGCGCUGCGCCCGCUGCUCAGAUACGUGCCUUUCCUCGGCGGCGAUAGCGGCGCCGGCUCCAGCGACCGCACCAGGUCCAGGGCGUUGUCGGGCGCCCUGACCUUCCGCCGCAGCCGAAACAAGCUCGACACGCCGCACACCGGCGCCGAAGCCGGAGGAUCGACGACGUGUGAGGCGGGGAAGCGCAGCUGGCUGGAGUUGAGUGAUGCUGAGAGCCAGAAGUAUAUACUCAAGGAGAGCCAUGUGGCUGUGACGAAUGUGGCGGUGGCGGAUAUCGAGGCCAGUGACAAACGUGCUUCGAGGCAGGAUACUACUGGGCAUUUUGAUAGAUCAAGGUUUGAUGAGUGA